GAUCAUGUGUUGCUGUAUUUUUCCUUGCUGUCUUGUACACUGGAUUAAAAGUGAUGCAAGAAAUGUUGCUACGUCGCUCUGUUGUCAAUGUUCGCUACAAGACCAUGCAGGUUGCAAAGAGAAGUGAGACUGUUUUGACAGAAACACAUGGUACAGAAAAAACUCGUUGGCUGAGUGGUGCUCACUUCCUACAGACACUUUUGCAUGUAAUCCAAGUCACCAUCAGCUACUUCCUCAUGCUCAUCUUCAUGACAUAUAAUGGCUGGUUAUGCAUCGCAGUUGCACUCGGAGCUGGUACUGGUUAUUUUUUAUUCGGUUGGAAAACAGCCAUCGUGGUGGAUAUAAAUGAACAUUGUCAUUAAUCAUACCUAUAUUUUUAAGAUGGUAUUUUUAAAAGAAUGUUUUU